CUCCAUCUUCCUCGUCUGGACCGUGGUCUACAGACAGCCGGCGACCGCGGCCAUGGGCGGGCUCGCAGGGGUGCUGGCGCUCUGGGUGCUGGUGACGCAUAUCAUGUACAAGCAGGACUACUGGAGGACCUGGCUCAAGGGGCUUCGUGGCUUCUUCUUCGUGGGUGUCCUCUUCGCCACCGUCUCCGUGGCCGCCUUCUGCACCUUCCUCGCGCUGGCCAUCACCCAACACCAGAGCCUCACUGACCCCGGCGGCUACUACCUGUCGUGUGUGUGGAGCUGCAUCUCCUUCAAGUGGGCCUUCCUGCUGGGCCUGUAUGCCCACCGCUACCGGGCAGACUUCGCCGACAUCAGCAUCCUCAGCGACUUCUGACCUGGAUGGGGCCGGGGGGCACCCAGGACUCUGGCAGGAAACAGGUCUCAGGACGAGGGGCGUGGGGGCGGGGUCCUGCCUCGGGGCCACCGGUGACACUGGUGAGGAAGCAUCCUUGGUGACAGGUGGGGUGGGGAUCCUGUGGCCUGCUGCCCCGGCCGCCGCCCAGGGGCUGUCAGCAGCCCCCUCCCGUUGUAAGGGUCGCCGAGGGCCAGAGUGCCACUCGCCUCACACGUGUGCUCGCACCCGCCUGCCCGGGGGGCACGGGGGGCCGUGCUGCUGCCCCACACCUGCCCCCACACCAUGCCCCUCACUGCCCCCCACUACGGGCCUGCCCCGCCCCAGCUCUGCCUUAUCUGUGGUCACUGCGUCGGCCCUUUGGAUUGACCCUGGUUUCUCGCGGGGUGGAGACCUUCGGGAAGGGGCUGUCACGGGGGUCCCGCCAGCCCCGCCCGGCGGCCCUGGGUGCCGCUGUCCACCUCGAGGCCCUGCCCAGCUGCCGCAGGCUCAGGAGCAGGCCUGGAAAGGCCGGGCAGGCCCAGAGCCGCGAAGGCAGGGCUCCCUCCCUCGGUGCGCCUCCUGUCCUCGCGGGCGGGGCAGCAGGGCCAGGUAGGUGGAGAACGGGCUCCUCCCGCAGAGCUGAGCCCAGCCCCGCACGCGGCUCGGAACUGCACGGUCCUCUCACAGGCGUUUUUAAAGCAAAUAAAACAUUUAUUGUUCAGA